AAGUAAUUAAAAAGUUUGGUUCUGGUAAUUCUGCAAGAAGAGAGAGAGAGAGACUUAAGAACUGAAAUUGACCUUAUAGAAAGCUGUACUUACACCAUUAACAACUCCUAAAUUGAUCCCUGAAUUCUCCAAUUCAUAUUCAUAGAUAUAUAGAAAGAAAAAUGGUAAUAUUGAGCAGGUGCCGAUUAGAUGCGAUUCUCUCCAAAUUAGUCUCCGUGCACCCUCACGAAGUCUCACCUCUACUCCACUCAUCCUCGUGUUUCUUCUUCAUUUUAAGCGCGUAUUUUGUAGUGUUACCUUUACGCGAUGAAGGAGCAAUAUCACUCGGGUUAUCGAAUCUACCUGGUCUUUUUGUUGGAUCUUUAGCUUUAACUUUGAUCGCUGCUCCUUUGUCUACUCUUAUUUUCUCUUUGCCUAAUUUAUCCAAAUUAAAGGGUUUACUUUUAAUUCACAGGUUUUUUAGUGUAUCACUUGUUCUAUUCUUCGUUUUAUGGCAUUCUUCAGCUGGUGGAAUUUCGACAUUCAGAACCAAGGGUACAGUUUCCAUAUCCACCGAACUAAAGGAGGAUCUAAAUGUUGAUGUUAGUCAAACUGAUUCUCCUAUGGGUUCUGGCGAUUGGGGUAACCAUGGAUGGUUUUACAUUUCUGUGAGAAUUGGUUUAUUUCUCUGGGUUGCUCUGCUUAAUCUCAUUACUAUCUCUUCAACUUGGGCUAGAGUAAUUGAUGUGAUGGAUAGUGAGUCAGGUUCAAGAUUGUUUGGGUUCAUAGGUGCUGGUGCUACACUUGGACAGCUUUUUGGAUCAUUGUUUGCCACAGGAAUGGCUUGGCUGGGGCCAUUUCUACUUUUAUUUGCGGCUUUGUUGAUGGAACUUGCAGCACAGGCAUCAAAAGGAAUUAAGAAAGAUAUGUCCGAACUUCCUGAAGAAUUAUCUCCUAUAAGAAAGGCUGACCCCGAUGAGCAAAGUAAGACUGAUGACGAAAGAGAAGCAUCUUUGAAAAUACUUUCUCCAAAGUCACCUACAUCUAGAAUGAAGCCUCAGCUUUCAAGCAUCUUGGAUGGAGUUUGGCUUAUACUAUCUUCAACUUAUUUAUUGUAUGUGUCCUUAUUCCUCUGGCUGAGUGCCGUCGUCUCAUCAUUCUUCUAUUUUCAGAAAGUGACUGUAAUUGCCAUGACUGUUACAAGUUCUGUUGGCAGAAGAAGAUUGUUCGCCCAGAUAAAUAGCUUCAUUGCUGUUUUUAUCCUUGCUGGACAACUUACUCUAACGGGGCGCAUCCUUACUAUUUCUGGGGUUACUACAGCUAUAUGCUCGACUCCAGUUGUUGCGUUUCUAAAUUUAAUUGCUGUUGCUGUUUGGCCAACAUGGGUAGCUGUUGCCAUCUGUGAGACAUUAAGGAAGGUGGUAACUUAUGUGGUGACCAGGCCUGGAAGAGAACUUCUGUUUACUGUUGUUUCACAGGAAGAGAAAUAUAAAGCAAAGGUGUGCAUAGAUGUAAUAGUUCAACGGCUUGGAGAUGCCACAGCAGCUGGAAUGUACAAACUAUUAUUUAGCACUCUUCAUGGAAGGACCUCAACUGUCUGCCUUUAUGCUUUGCCAGUCUGUUUAAUUUGGAUAAUCACGGCAUUCCAUCUAGGACAGCGGCAAGUACAACUUGCCAAGCUCCAGAACGUCUGACUAGGCUAAAUUCCUAAAAUGUUAUUUGUGUACAGAUUUUUGUUUAGCAGCUGCAGACAUAAAGCAAAUUUGAUUUUCCUUUUAGUAACAACCAUGAUUAUACGAGCAUUUAAUUAGUGGCAUUGAAAGGAAGAGCAUAUUACCACUUCACAGUGAACAAAUUUUGUGCAGCCCCCCUUUUUGCUCGAUUUGAUCAAGAACCACCUUCAUUAUCAAGAUAUUACCAAGACAAAUGCAGAAAUCUAUGAUGACAAGAGAGAUCGACUUCUUGUUCUUUCCACACUUUAUAGCAGCACAAUGAUGAAUAAAGAAUCAAGAAAAACAUAUAGACUGAUGCUGAGGCGAAAUCAAGAAAAACAUAUGGACUGAUGCUGAGGUGAAAUCAAGAAACUAGUCAUCUGCUAACUAGAGAAACUGAAUUUUUUAUUUUAUUUUCUGUUCUGUAACAUCUACAAUAUAUAUUUGGUUAUUGAACUAAAUGUUAUCUCGAUGGUA